CAUCAGUCUUUUGUACGUCAUCUCAUUGUUCUUUCCUUUCAUCGAAUUCAGAUUUCAAUGUUUUACUGCUUGGAUCUAUUACUUUUCGAUUUUGAUCACGAAUUACUUGCUGUUUUGCUCUACGAUUGUUUGGGAAAGCUGUGUUCUUUUGGGUUUAAAAGGGAACCGAUCGGGGAAUUGAUUGCAUUUUUAUUUUAUUUUUGUGCGUGAUCAGGUGCGAUUCUUCUUGUUAAUCAUCGGCGAUCAAUGUUCCUGUUCUACCCGACCCAUGAGACUUAGGUCAUAGGGAGCUACUGUUUAGUUCGUUUUAGCGCCGAAUUUUGAUACCCACCUCUACUUUUCCGUGUUAGACUCUGAAUUCAUGUUGUGGUCGUGGAAUUAGUUGCGCUGGGAAUGGUCUAUUUGAAUGGGAAUUGGUAUUGAUGAAAUCAUCAGCAUUCGUUAGAUGGACGUGAUUUCCAACUAGGGACGUUUUGGGUCUUUUUUUUGUCAGACUGGAAACAUGGAAUUUCAUGGUAAUUCUCAGACGGAAACUGGGAAAUUGGAACUAAUUCGCCACCAUUUUCUGUUGAAGAGCUUACACAUUAUUUUAGAUUCGAGAAUUCGUUCUCUUCGCCCUAGUUAUCGAAGUGGUGACCUCUCAUCGGCUUCUAGAGUGAGAAACAGUGACAAAUGGUUCUCUUUAGUUCUAGGAGACCGCCCUGCUGCUCUGGAUAAUCUGAAUUUCUGGCACAGAAAUCUGACGGGUCCUAUGGUAAUUGACAUUAUUCUCGUUCACGAACCUCCUAGUUCUUCAUUGGAGGGCAGCCAUUCUCCAGGUUUGGCUAUGGGAGCAACUGUUGAGACUGUUAUAGAAAGGUGGGUUGUUCAGUAUGAGUCUCCCCAGGGUGUGGCUCAUCCUCUAACUAGCGAUAACAAGAAGACAUACAAGAAGUGCAUCAUACUUCUACGCUCUCUUUAUUCUCAAAUGAGACUCCUCCCGGCAUAUAGGAUCUUUCGGCAGCUAAGCUCAUCCAGUCAAAGUUACAAUUUUGAUAUUAUUUACAAGGUGUCUUCAUGUAGUGAGCCAUUCUCUCAGGUACAGGAGGAAUCAAUGAAGGAAUACACUUUUGUCCCUGUUGAGGCCCCUCCAGGCCGCCUUUGUGUUUCUGUGAGUUACUAUCCAACGCUAGCUGAUUUCAACCUUGAGACUUCAACAUCUUUUCCACCGAGGAUCAUAACUGAUUAUGUUGGUAGCCCUACUACUGAUCGUUUAAGGACUUUCUCCUCUUCAGAGAAGGAUGCAGGGGCUACUUUUCCAUUUAGAAUGAGAGCUCCUUUUUGUGCUCCUCAUCAGCGCCCACAUAGCUGGACUAGCGGCUUUCAUAAAGGAGCUCCUUUUACUCGGAACCAAGCCCUUGGUGUAUCUCCACCUGCAUAUUGCUCAUCUCCUAUCCGUCAUGAUUUUCCAUCUCUGCCAGCUGAUGUCUAUGGCCAAAGAACUCAAAAUUAUAGACCGCCAACACAUCACAAGUCCACCAGUUACGAUGAGUAUCAGCUUUCACCUCCGUUCGCUCCGUCUGCCUCCCCAUCUCCUCCAGCAAAUUACUCUAACCACACACAAACUCAUUAUCGUUCAGAAACUGCCCCUGUAAGCAUUCCCCUUCCUGUAACUGGAAAAAGUUUAAAGUAUCUUUCUCCUAACUUUUCCGAUCCUGGUAGACAUGCCCUUCCGCCUUUAUCUCCAAUGAAUGCAAGGCAUGAUCUUUCAUCUGAGGGGUCUCCAUCUAGUAUACAAUCAUAUAGGAAAGCAGAAGCCGUAAGGGCUGGGGACUUGGGCAUGACAAAUCAAAACUCUUCACACAAGGUGUCUAGAGAUAGUAAAGACGAUUCAGGCAGAUUCUCAGGAUUAUUAUCUUCUAGUGGCUCACCAUGUAUUGGAUUUUCUAGAAGCUCUAGCAGAUUAUCUUUCCAGGAUGACUUGGAUGAUUGUCCCUUUUCAUGUCCUUUUGAUGUGGACGAUGUUGAAACAUCUGAUUCCCAUCUCAGUCAGAACCUCGGUGGACAGAAUAUUGAAUCAACAUCGUCUUUAUUGCCUAUGGGUAAAAAAUCUCAAGAUGCUGCUGUUGGUGUUCUCGUUCAUAUGCUUAGGACAGCACCUCCUUUACGCCAAGAUCCAAGUUGUCACUCUUCUCCUUCCACGAGGACCGAGUUUGAGGGUGGAGUUGGAGCAGCAUCUGAUUUCUUUAUGCCUCGGAAGACUGCAGAUGCACUAGAAGAGCUCAGGAGCUAUCGAGUAAUGAAAGACCUACUACUUUCCAAAAGUGGAACUCGAGUGCUUGGUAAAGAAGAAUCUUAGCUGCUAAUUUUCAGAUAUGUAUGGCUUAUGUAGAGGCUGGAGCUCCCAAAGGAAUGUUGAAAAUGGAAGCGCUCCAAGUCAAUACUAGAAUGCUGUGGCGCCACGCUGUUAAGGUGUUUUCAUAUGGAAGUAGAUAAGAUCUCUUUGAAGAAUGGAUUGACAAUUGAUGUACAUAUCUUGAUUGAGGAUUGGUUACUUGUAUGAACUGUGACAGUUUAAAUGAUUCACCCCAUCAGUUAUAUGCUAUACUAUUCCCAGUCAUUCCUAAUGACAUGAUGUACACAUCAUGGUUGAGGAUUGGU